AUGGCAACCCCACCGGACAGUCCCAUCGAGGAGGUCGUAUACGAGCUGGAACCAACUCGGGCCCCCAAGCCAGUGCCGGUGGCGCUCGAGGACCUCUGUAGGUUAACCAAGUUUACCCGCCAGGAGAUACGAGUCAUGUAUCGGGGCUUCAAAACGGAAUGUCCGGACGGUGUGGUGAACGAAGAUAGUUUUAAGGAUAUUUAUGCGAAAUUUUUCCCUCAUGGAAAUUCCAGCCUUUAUGCACACUAUGUGUUCAAAGCGUUCGAUGUUAAUUGUAACGGAUCCAUCACCUUUCGGGAUCUGCUAGUAACUCUAUCGACACUCCUGCGGGGUUCCGUAUACGAGCGGUUACGAUGGACGUUUCGUCUGUACGAUAUCAAUAAUGACGGCUGCAUCAGCCGGGCUGAGCUAGGCGAAAUAGUCAUGGCAGUACACGAAUUAAUGGGUCGAAGGCCCAAUCACCCGGAGGACGAGGUGAAGGCUCGCGAACAGGUUGAACGUGUUUUUCGGAAGCUGGACCUGAAUCAGGAUGGAAUCAUCACUAUCGAAGAGUUCCUGGAGGCUUGCCUCAAGGACGACGUCGUUACCAAAUCACUACAAAUGUUCGACACCUGCCUUUGAUGACCGUCCUCCGACAGCGUGUUCGCUGCCUCGAAGAAGGCCGCCGACCCAGACCGAUUUUCCUUGAUCCAUCUGUAGGCCGGAGAGUGCACGGAGAGAUGCUGAAUUCGACAAGCUGACCAAAACAACUGUCAGUGGCGGCACUCGCUCAAGAAGGUUCGUUUGAGAUUGAGUUCCCUCAGAUAUCAGUUGCGAUUCAGUUCGGAGAAAAUUUUGAAAUUCGAUGCAAUAAUUUGUUUUACAUGUUUAUGAAUAUAAUAUUGAUCGAAAAACUGAGAUAAUAAGGCAGGUUAAGUUCAAAAUUGAAACAUUAUGUUACGCUCAAAGGUUCGUUUAAAUAGAAAUUGAUUUUUGAACUAGAAUAAUAAAUGUGACAAGUAAAAUGUGAAUCAUACAAGGAAUAUUAGUUUUGGAAGUUCAUAUCAUGUUCCAUACAAAUCAAAGCAAUAUUAUGUUAUAAUCAAAUAAUGUAAUAUUGUAGAAAAAGAACUCAUACAUAAUUUGGUAGGUUGUUUUGUGAUACAUAAACAUUUUGUUUCAAUGCAUUAGAAAGACAAGGAUAUAGUGAAUAAAUAAUUAAAAUUGCCAUAAAAUAAUGAAUGUAAAAACCGUAACAUAACUGACAAAACAAUAGAAUUAGUAACAGUUGAAAAUUUUAGACAUAUAGAAAACUGUACGAGCUAAGCUUAUAAAACAGUGGUUGGUCAAAUGGAUAACCAUGAAGAUGAAAUUUCCAUCAUAGUUUGUCUGUGACUGGAGGAAUAUUUUAAGUAGUCUGUAGAACAAAUAACAAACCGUAAACUUUAACAAAAACAACGGAAUUUUAUUACUUUAUUUUUCGAACGUAGAUGAUAUAUUCUUAGCAACAGAGCCGUUAGUUGACAAUAGACAAUCGUUUUGACAUAAAAUAAUAAUCCUAAGAUGAAUAGUACGGUACCGUAAGACAAGCGGCUAAUCAGACAAGCGGCUAAAUGAGACAGAGGAUUGAUAUGAUCGAUCAAAAAUUGAUAAGCAUUUAGCAACUCAUUUCCAACAACAUGGGAUAUUCUAAUGCUAUAAUCUCCGGAAAUGUUUAGGGAUUCAAUAUCGAAGGUGCUUUUUUAGAUGAAAUUGCUGCCCAGUCUAAUUUAAUAACUAUGGUUCAAUUCACCCCAUAUCCUUUUGUUAAUGCCACACUAGCACAACACUAUAACCGAAAGCAACUCACUUAGAUCUUAAACUUUGAUUACCCACGUCGAAAAAGCAAGACACCAAUUAUAUAAGGCUACUAGCGAAACAAAAAAGAAUUAGACUAGUAACUGUUCCACGUCAUUACCAUAUUUGAGUACUUUCACGCGUUGGCUCAUGCAAUCGUAAUUUGCGAAACAUCAGCAAGUGGACUUGAAUGAAUGUGUUUUGAGUAAAGUUCUCUCUGUGGAUUCAACUACCUAUCAAUGUAUAUAGACAAAAUGAACAAGACUUUUAAUAUGUAUUAUCGGUGUACCUUCACGUUUUUGACGCAGCAUUAUUAUUGCAUUCAAAAUCGAGCACAUUGCAUCAACUUAAAGCAUACAAGCUUCUAGACUGCAAGUUCGAAGCAAACAGUUCAAUCACUAUUCCACAAGCGAGUAGAUAUACUUUGCUGCAGCUAUCCUGGGCCUUUGCUGAUUAGGCUUGUUGUGAAUAUAUUAAUUACCGUCAAG